AUGGCUGAAGUCCAGCUCAACUUCCUAAGUUUUCCCAUCCUUGCCUUUGUGUGUUGGGUGGGGCUCCUUCUUCUGUCACUGUGCUACCUAAAGGGAAACUCAAGUUUCUCAAUAUUUUGGAAACAGGGAGACAUCGAUCAGCAUCAGGGCAGAACCAGGAGGAGAAGGAAAGGCAGCACACUGGCAGGUUGGAGAACUUGCCAGAGCGAAGCAGAGGAGGCAAGAAAGGAGCUUUAUCUUCUGCAAAGUUUUGUACUUCCUAUCUCCUGCAGGCCCCUGGGCCGGCAUGAUGAUACCACCUGCUUUCGUCAGCUGUUAUGUCCAGACCCCUUCUGUGAGGUGUGUAAUAACGCAACUGCUGAGGUCAAUCGGCUGCUGUUCCCGGAGGCCCUAGAAGACGCUACUUCCUCUGUGUCUCCUUUGGCUUCCACAGCUCCUGUGACUGAGUCAUCGUUUACUCUGUCCCAGGCCUUCUCAGCAGCUCCUCCAGGAAACCUACCACCAGCCUCUCUGCCGGAGCCUCCCUCGCUGCCCACCUCUAUUCUCUCUCCUAGCCCAACGACCCCCUUAACUGACUUUUUUUUACCCUCACCAAUGGGCCACUCUCUGGCCUCAGAGCCUUUUUCUUCCUUGGAUUCCAAAUUCCCAGUGGAUUAUUCCCCACCCCAAACCUUUGCUUUCCCCCACCUCCUACCACAUGACACUCAGACAGCAGACCCUGUUGUCCCACCAGAGGCCACAUUGUUUCUGGAUACCAUUUCCUCUCUUGACCCCACCCUUUCCCAAGAUAUCAAGCCCUUAUCAGAUUUGUCCCAGGCAAUGAAUCCCACUGAUUCUUUUGCUUGUCCUCGUGCACCACUGACCCUAUUUGUUUCACCACAGCCAGACUGCACUUUAUCUGUGACUCAACCUAAAUCAAUUUCCACUUUACUAAAGCCUGUUCUGGAGAAGUCAUCUCCAGAUAGCCCUAGUGAGUUGUCCACUUGUGUUUCAACAAUCAGAGGCACUGAACAGUCAAGCCUGUCAGUUUCAGACUUGACUUUUCAGUUUUUAGUGUUGCUGUUUUUAAUCUUUUUUUUCUGGGUACUUUUAGGUAUUUUUGGAGAAGGGAGCAGCACCCAGCCAGAUGCCAUUUAA